UGUGUUCCGUGCGGCUCUCGUCGUUCGUUGCUCUCUGUGUGACACGCAGCGCGGCGGUAACGCGCGCGUCGUCGCGCGCUCGCCCUCUUCCUAACGCGCGCCGACCGUGUGCUUCGUUGUUGUUACUGCUGUCGCAGCAGCUGAGAGAGAGAGAGUGCGUCGGAAGUGUGCGUCUCCUCCGUCGAAGCGAGCGCGCGCGUCCUUCUCACGCGGCGAGUGUGGCAGUGAUCUCUCCGCGGGUUACAUAGUUGCUGCGAACGCGCCGCCACUCCGGAAGUCUCGGAUUUUGUGUGAAUCGUGUGCACGAUUUGGUAAUAAGUAAAAGAGGAAGGCUCGCCGCCGGGCCGUACGAAUCAGCUGAGAAUACGGUGCAUGAUACACACGUAUACAAACACACACACACACGUACGCAGGCAUAUAAAACACGCGAGAUACAUACACCGUAGUGCUGCGUCGUCGUGUCGCUGGAAAUUCAUAAAUCGCCGCAUAAGGCGCGCACGUCGCGCGGGAAGAAUGCCGACUCGCGUCGUCACACAGACGAUCGGGCAGCAGCGGCGGCGUGCGCGCGUGGGUUUGGUUUUCGGGUCGCCGAGCGGUGACUGAAAGAGAGAGAGAGAGAUACAGUGUGCGAGCGAGGGAGGGGGGCUGAACAUACCUAAGGGAUGCGGGGAUUCCGUUAGAGCAGCCGGCGCGGUACGUCGUGGAUAGUGAGACUGCUAGCCGGCGUAGGUGUGAUACAUCACUACGAGCGGCAGACGGAGGAAGGGAUAAGGAAGGGACGCUAUUAGUGCGGGGAUGGCCGAAUGGCGACGACAACCGGCAGUAACGUUGAUUCGCUGCGUAGAUGCUGCUACGUAGACUCGACGACGUGACGGCCACGUGCCGCAGCGGACGCUUCGUCGUCGUUGGCCAGUGGCUUGUUGGUUAACUCUCCCUCUUUUUGCCGUGCGAUUGCGUGCCUAGCAUGUCGUAAUCGCGGAACACGCGAGCGGUGGUGUGUACUCGUCGUCUAUAUUCGUGCGUACGCACGUCACGACGGAAAAGUAAACAGCGCGCGGAGACGUUAGGAGCGGCCCGAAUUUGCCGCGAGAGCAGUGUGUAUAUGUGUGCGUGUAUCCGGUAUAUGUGUGCGUGGUGUCGCGCGUGAGUGUGCGUGCAUGUGUGCGACUUGACGUCCGCUCGCGCGCGCGCGAGUCGGCGCGGAGGAGGAAAUUCGUCGAUUGAGAGAGAGAGAGAGAGAUAUCGGCGAAGAUCGAUCUUGGUUCUCUGUGCUAUAGAUCGCGGUGUGAACGCGCGAAAGAGAGAGAAAGCGAGAGCCGGCGCUUCUCUCUCUGAGAAAAGUUCCUCGCGAACAGGUGGCUGUUUCUUCGCGCGUAGGACGGAUAUAACACGCGUGACAUCUUCGUACGUGUGAGUGAAAACACGUCGCGCCGGUAUCUGGCUCCGCCACUAGCGCUUCCACGGACGACGAGGGUGGCUCGGCGCGUAACGCGCGAACGCGAUAAGAAAGUCCGUAACGUCCGCCACGAUAAUACCCCCUUCCGUCCGAUGCGCACGCGGGGCUAACAAGUGGAUUCCCUCGUUUUACGCCGGAGGAUACUCGUUCCUACACAGUGCGCGGUGAUACAUAACGUCCCUCUAUACGGAGAGUAAUCGUUCGCGUGACAAAGGAACCGGUGUAUUCCGGUAUUUUGAGAGCGAGAGUCUCGGGAAUUCCAACCUCUCUCGCUAGGGACUGGUCGCUCUUUUAAUCGUCGUUCGCGAACGUACGAAAACUCUCUCGAACUCUGUGGAAAUUCAAGCAGGAACGCCGGAAAUGAAUAAUGACGAGUAACACGUUCGGAAAGGACGAGAAAAUCGCGGAAUAGAGCUCAGUGGUUCUCAGUUCGAGGGAAAGGCCUCGCGAAGUUCUUCGCUCAAGUUUGAAAAGGAGAGAUCCCAAGUUCGAGAAGCUGAUACAACCGGAGGGGAGCGUACGCGAGAGAGAGAGAGAGACGGCGAGAAAGGGACGCUUUCAACACGAACGUCGAAAGGAGGGCAGAAAGCGGCAAGAAAAGAGUCGGAGAGCGAGUGAAAGAAAAAGAGAAAGUGACCGAGGGAGAAAGGGACAGAAAGGCGGACGGAGCGAGGAAAGAGACAAAGACGGAGAAAAGGAUCGCGCUUCGUCGACUCUAGUCCAAACCUCGGCGAGAGUUCGAGGAGAGGGUGAAGGGCGCCGUGGAGGGGGGAGUGAUGCCGGCCGUGAGCGUGGCACAGCGCCCUCCAGGUGGAAUCCCACUCCACGCCGGCGUGCCGGUAGCGCCCAGCAGCGUAGCCGCCCCCGGUCCGUCGGGCCGGUGCCUCGGGGGCCCGGCAGCACCCCCCGCCGGCUCGCCACCGCUGCCGCCGUCUUUGCAAUCGCUCGGCGGCGGUGUUGCGAACAGCACCAGCGGCAACAACAUCGUCAAUCCCAACCUCGGCCACGGUAACCCCGGCAGCAACCCCGGCAAUCACCAUCUCGGCAACAACGCCCUAGGUAUCAACACGGCGAGCGGCGCCACGAAUCCCCUGCAGGCGAUGGCAUCGGCGGCGGCCUCGCUCACGCAGCUCAACAACAUGGCAAACGGCCCGUUGCCGCCGCUCGCGGGCACGGGCCCCACCGGACCGCCGAGCUUGCCGCCGCCGCAGCCAGCCACGACGCCGACGCACGGCGGCCCGCCGACCCCUCACGGCGGCGUGAGCGCGGCGCCGCAUCUCAACGGCGCGUCGCCGAGUCCCCAUCCGAUGCCACCCCACGGCAUGAUGAGCGGUUCUCCCCAUACGCCCCACCCGCACAUGGGAGGUGGCGGACCCUCGCCCCAUCCCCAUCACCCGGGCCCUCACAUGGUCGGCUCGCCGCACCAUCCAGCGCCCCAUCCGAUGGGUCCGGCCGGUAUAAUGGGCCCCGCUGGUAUGCAACCUCAAGGUGGACCCGGUAUGUGCGGGCCUGGCCCCACGAUGGGACCGCACGCGCAUCCUCAGGGACCCGGAGUACCUGGACAGCCGCACAUGCAGCCGCCCGACCCGUUCUAUUGCUCGCCCUUCGGAACGCCUUAUUACAGAUCGUUACCUGUCCCCAGGAGGCAUACUCCGUACUUCAGCCAACCGGACUACAGGCUGUACGAGUUGAACAAGAGGUUGCAGCAGCGCACCGAGGAAAGCGACAACCUUUGGUGGGACGCCUUCGCAACCGAGUUCUUCGAAGAUGACGCCACCCUCACGCUCACCUUCUGCUUGGAGGACGGACCGAAGAGAUACACGAUAGGAAGGACGUUAAUACCUAGGUACUUCCGCUCGAUAUUCGAGGGCGGAGUGACGGAACUUUACUACACUAUGAAGCAUCCGAAGGAGUCGUUUCAUAACACCAGCAUAACCCUGGACUGUGAUCACUGCGUCAUGGUCACGCAUCAUGGAAAGCCGGUCUACACGAAGGUGUGCACGGAGGGUAGGUUAAUAUUGGAGUUCACCUUCGACGACCUCAUGAGGAUAAAGUCGUGGCAUAUGUCGGUGAGGGGGCAUCGGGAGCUAGUGCCGAGGUCGGCCUGCAUGCAGCAGGACCCGAGUGUGCUGGAGCAGCUCAGCAAGAACAUCACCAGGCAGGGCAUCACCAAUUCCACCCUCAACUACCUUAGGUUAUGCGUGAUCUUGGAGCCGAUGCAGGAGUUGAUGUCGAGGCACAAGGCGUACGCGUUGUCACCGCGCGACUGCUUGAAGACGACCUUGUUCCAGAAAUGGCAGAGGAUAAUUGCACCGCCGGGUAAGAGAGAGUCGCAGCGGCCCGCAAGCAAGAGAAGAAAGCGAAAGGGCAGCACAUCGGGGCCGGGCAACAACGCGCCUCCUGCGCCGAGUAAGAAGAGAUCGCCAGGGCCAAAUUUUUCCCUCGCGUCACAGGACGUAAUGGUUGUGGGUGAACCCUCCCUGAUGGGCGGUGAGUUCGGCGACGAAGACGAGCGACUGAUCACGAGGCUGGAGAACACGCAGUAUGACGCUGCGAACAGCCUGGAUCCUCAUAGUCAUGACGCGACCGGCGGCCCACCCCCGCAUCCCCAUCAGUUUCACUCGGAACCGACCCCGGGCAAUUCCUGGCCGCCAGAUCGUGGCCCUGGACCCCCACAGGGUGGACCUGGCAGUCAGGGUGUCCAGGGUGGCCAAGGUGGCGCGGCUGCGGGAGUACAGGGAUCGCAGGACGCCAGUCAGCAGCAGCAAGACAAAAAGAGCCCCGCGGUGAGCCAGUGAGGCCAGGAGUC